GGUGUACACAUCUGCCGCAAAUAAUGGGCGAUAGUUAUACCUGUUUACCACGUGAUAAAAUUCAGCACGUAGUCAUUGUGUUUAAAUUGAAGACCAAGUUAGUUAAGUACCUGCACAGCCAACCAGUGCAGUAUUCUAGAUAAAUUGUACAGCCAAUAUGAACGCAAUCGUCGACGCUAUUGCUACAAGUCUCUUGGUUUUGUCAUUGGUAAAUACAGCGCAAACUGAUGUAUUUACGGCUAUUAGCCAUCUCGAGGACAGCGUGAGAGUGGAAGUGGAACUAGUUUCUGCUCUCAGAGAUUACAUUUCUGCUGAAGAGCGAAGAUUGGAUAAGCUAAGACGGUUUGCCGAUGAAUCAGAGGAACUGACCAAUAAAGCACUAGAAAACGUUGACGAUUUCCUGGCCAACCCAGUCAAUGCAUUUAUGCUGGUGAAACGAUUAUAUAUUGAAUGGAACGAAGUAAUAAACAGCACUAAAUCACUGAUUAAUUACGGAGACUUGGCAAUAAACGUAUCGAAACAUAGAGCGAACAUUCCGACAGAAUCCGAUUUACAAGGGGCCGCUCAGGCUUUACUUCGAUUGCAAGAUGUCUACAAACUGCGCCCCAGUGAUAUAAUUAGUGGGAACAUACAUGGAUUCCAAACAAGGCCACUGACCUGGCAGGACUGUUUUGAUCUUGGUAAAGCUGCGUACAGAAAGAGGGAUCAUUACCACGUAGAUAUUUGGAUGAACGAAGCUCUCAAGAAGUGGAAAGUCAAUGAGGAAAGAAGCGAACAUCGAAGUGAUUUAAGUAUUGUACAAGUGUUGGAUUAUCUUGCGUUUUCACAUUAUCGGAUAGUAAAACCGAAUACUGUAUUUGAAUACGACGGACAUAUACACUCCUUAGUCUCAUGGGCCAAUUAUAACACACACCAACCAGGACACGCAAGAAUUACCCGCAAUGUCAAAAACUUUCAAGAAGAAAUCGAAGAAAAAGAAGAAUCCAGUCGAUUGAUUUUGAAAGACAAACCUAGCGUGAGACCCAAUUCUACUUAUUUGGAUGAUAGGGAUGCAUAUGAAGCACUGUGUAGAGGGGAGCGUAGAAAGCCUCUGGAUUCUUCCAAAGUAAAAUGCCAGUAUGUCACCAAUGGCAACUACAGACUCUUACUGCAACCAGCUAAGCAGGAAAUUAUGCACCAUAACCCCAGAGUAGUGUUAUAUCAUGACGUCAUCAGCGAUGAAGAAAUAAAUGAGGUUAUCAAACUUGCAAAACCAAAGCUUCGCCGAUCUCUUGUGGUAACUAAAGGGAGUUCACCGAGCGGCACUGGCUCAUCUGAUGCAGAGUACCGAGUUAGUAGUGGUGGAUGGCUAGAAGAUUGGGAUGGCACAGUUAUUGCUAAAUUGACAAGACGAAUAUCCGAUAUAUCGGGAUUAAGUACACUAACUGCCCCUGAGUAUAGGCAUGCUGAGGCAUUGCAGGUAGUGAACUACGGGUUAGGAGGGCAUUACGAACCACAUUUUGACCACGCAACGAUUGAAAACUCAGAUGUCCACCUUCCUGGUUCUAGGAAUCGCAUAGCCACGUGGAUGUUUUAUAUGAGUGAAGUCAAAGCUGGGGGAUACACAGUGUUUCCCGAAGUAGAUGCAUUUGUGCCGCCAGUAAAGAACGCUGCGGUGUUUUGGUAUAAUCUGAAGGCAUCCGGCGAAUCAGACGAUCUAACGCGACAUGCUGGAUGUCCCGUACUUAUAGGCAGUAAAUGGGUUGCUAACAAAUGGAUUCAUGAGAAAGGGAACGAGUUGCGGCGGCCGUGCGACCUGUAUCCGGACUAA